AUGUUUGCAAGAGUAACGUUUUAUCCAACAUUAAUAUAUAAUGUUGUUAUGGAAAGGAUUUCCCAUAGAAAAUGGUACAAUAGGAUAGAUGAUACUGUUAUAUUAGGAGCUCUUCCAUUUCCUAGUAUUACAAAAGAGCUUGUAGAAAAGGAACAUGUGAAAGCGGUUGUCUCAAUGAAUGAAGAUUAUGAAUUAUUUUUCUCCAAUGAUUCAAAGUCUUGGAAACAGGUUGGAGUAGAAUUCUUACAGCUGGCCACAACCGACAUCUUUGCAACUCCAUGUCAAGAAAAACUUGUUGAAGGUGUAGCCUUCAUCAAUAAAUUUGUGAGAAAGAGAGAAAUUAUAGAUGGCAUAUCAAAUCAUUCCGUUUACAUUCAUUGUAAAGCAGGAAGAACCAGAAGCGCAACAUUGGUUGGAUGCUAUUUGAUGCAUAGAUAUAACUGGACGCCAGAGGAAGCGGUCAGUCAUAUGGAAGAAAAGAGGCCUCAUAUUUUAAUGCACAGAAAACAGUUGGAGGCACUACAAAUAUUUUAUGCUUAUAACAUGGCCAAAAUUAACAGUUGA